AUGCAUUUAUGGUCACAGGGAGCUGGCACCUAUUCUGGGAACAAUCGAGUACAAGUGGCUGCUGAAAAAGGCAAAGGCAAAGCAAGCCAAGGACAAUUUCCCAUAACUCAAAAUGUGACAGUUACUGAAGGAGGAACUGCAAAUCUGACCUGCAGAGUGGAUCACAAUGACAACACUUCCCUCCAGUGGUCAAAUCCUGCUCAGCAAACACUCUAUUUUGGUGACAAAAAAGCCCUCAGGGACAAUCGAAUUGAACUGGUUCGAGCAUCAUGGCAUGAGCUUAGCAUUAGCAUCAGUGAUGUGACACUGGCAGAUGAAGGGCAAUACACGUGCUCCCUCUUUACAAUGCCUGUCAAAACAUCCAAGGCCUUACUCAUAGUUUUAGGUGUCCCUGAAAAGCCAGAGAUUAAUGGACUUAAAAAACCAACACAAGAAGGAGAUAAAAUCACUCUUACAUGCAAGACCUCAGGCAGCAAACCAGCAGCUGAUAUUCGUUGGUUCAAAAAUGAUAAAGAAAUUAAAGGUGUGAAAGAAGUGAAUGCAAGUGGCAAAACAUUUACUGUAAAAAGUACUCUGGAACUGCAAGCUGAUAGGAAUGAUGAUGGGGCUACAGUCAUCUGCAGAGUCGACCAUGAAGCUCUAAGUUCAACACCACAACUGGCCACUCAAGUCCUUGAAAUUCAUUAUGCUCCAAUUGCAGAAAUUAUACCAUCUGUUAAACAUCCACAAGAAGGACAAAUUUUAAAACUCAUCUGUGACUUUAAAGCAAAUCCAAUGCCUGACCCAGUUCUAUGGACUAAAGAUGAUGGUGAAUUGCCUGACCUUGACAGGAUGACUGUCAGUGGUAGAGAGCUGACCAUCAGUCUUCUAAAUAAGACUGACAAUGGAACUUAUCGAUGUGAAGCUGUCAAUCGCAUUGGAAAGAGCAUUGGAGAAUACACACUCUUUGUUCAUGAUAUCUCAACCACUUUGUCACCAUCCACAACAACUUUAUUUCUCACAACCACAGCAGCUAUAUCAGCCUGGUCCAUAGUCACCUGUGCCAUCACCUCAGCAGCAGCCACCAGCACCACCUUAAAAGAUCCGAGUGCACUGUCUGACCAGACUGGACCUGACCAUGCUGUUAUUGGAGGAGUAGUAGCUGUUGUCGUCUUUGUUACCUUGUGUUUAAUAAUUGUACUUGGAAGAUAUCUGGCAAGACAUAAAGGAACAUACUUAACAAAUGAAGCAAAAGGAGCUGAAGAUGCGCCUGAUGCAGACACAGCCAUUAUCAAUGCAGAAGGCAACCAGGCAAAUGCAGAAGAAAAAAAAGAAUACUUUAUUUAGAUAUAGGCUACAUUUUUGCUUACUGAAGUUGCUGCUUGUUUAAACCAGCAAUUAAUUAAAGUCAUCUUUCUGUAAUUAUUGUGUUCAUAUAUUAUAUACACAUCCAUACAUGACAUAUAUACACACAUUUGUGUGUCAUUUAAACUUCUGUACAUUCUUGUUAAUAGCUGGUUUCCUCAAGCAACAAGUUGCUGAAGAUGCUUCUUUUUUAUUACAUAUUUUCAGUAUAAGAAAAACCAACAAACAACACAUACUCCCAUGCUACAGCCCCUUUCCAAAAACAGUGCUCAAUAUACAGACAUUUAUUUAAUUCAAAUAUAAUUUUGUUUCAAAGGGAGCAAUUUUUUAAUAUUACAUAAAUGUUUGAUAUUGUAUUAUACAUUUUAGAAACUAUACUGUAUAAUAGCCCAUUACUCUUAAACAUAUUAGUAUUGUUCCAAUUAUGAUGUAAAAAAAAAAAAAAAAAUACAAAAUUUAAAUGCUGUUCCUUGCCCUCCUGUAUGUGUUGUGAAAAUAAUUUAAGAGGAGUGGAUGAGUGUAUAUUACAUUUAGAAUUAGGAUUUAUUUUAGGAUUUUUAUCCACUUAUUAAUGUCUGAAAAUUUUAUAGUAAAACAGUUUAUAUGCAGCAUGUUAACUUAGUGUUUCUAGUAGUAUUUAUACAUGUGAGUGCAGGUACAAACACUUUAUUAUAUGUGUGUCCGGACACCAGAAAAGCACAACAUGAACCUACAGCCAUUUUUAUUCCCUCAUUCUGCACAUUUAUAUUAUGUCUAUAUAUUGCAGCACUGGAUAACGUAUACAUUAAAACUGGAAGCACAAACCCAAACAAAAAAGCAUUAAUGUAUCAGCCUGUAGACUGCCUCAGGAUUUUGUGUUCUGAUAUUAUAAAUAAGUUCCAAACCAGUCGUGUUGUAAUUAACACACAUCUCGAUUAGGCUGUCAGACAGGACACAGAAGCAAUGCGUUUGGAUUGAAUUUAAUGGUGUUGUUUUUUUUUUUCCCAAAUGGAAAUAAAUGAGCUCCCUUGUUGAUACAGCUGUAUAUCAUGUCUGCUAAAUGUGCUUAUUAGUGCAAAUUAUUGUUUAAUUUUGAUACCCUCUUACUCUAAAUUUGUAUACUAGUUCAAUUUCUCGAUAACACUCCAUACACAUGUUCAAUUGAUCAGUCAUUUUUCAUUGCCUGUAUGUUUUUUUCUCUCCCCAGAAAGCAUGUAUAUACAGUGUAAUUAAUAACAUUUAGUAAUAGACUUAUUCAAAAAUUAUCCAGCUGUUCUGCAACUACUGUCUGUUAAAACUCUUGUUUUUCUGAUGAAUGGUUUUACUGAAAAGAAUUUGCAAUAUCCUAGUCCUGCGUAUAAAUGCUGCUUUCGAAAGAAAUAAUUUUGAUUCUGCGACAGCAGCCCUUCUCCACAUAGUGGGGCAAAUAAUAGAAAAAACACACACACACACAUUAAGGCAGACAAACAAUACAAUAUGAUUUAAAAAGUCAUUUGAAUUGUAUUUUUAAAACAUUUUUUUUGUACCUUUUAGAUGAAAUCACUCCUAUGGAGUGAAUUGACUGUCAAGAUUACCCGUGUGCAAAAAAACUUGUUUAGUUGUUAGUAAAGGAGUUUGGUUCUGCAUCCACACAACGCAUCUUUUUAGGGGGUUCACCAUAUCGCAGGCUCACUCGCGACGACAGACCCCCAAGUGCUAAGCUGGUCAGCAUAACCACUCCCAGGUGGAAAGACUUAAUGGAAAAGAAAUGCAGAACAGACGGAUAAAGUGAGCGCAUGCACACAACUGCUUUAGCUCUUUACUCUGCAAUAUAUGGUGACACUUUGUGCCCAUUUUGAGCUCAUCCUGUACUGUUAAGCCUUUUGUCACAAAACAGAAAUGUCCUCAAAGUGAAAAACCUGUACAGUUCUUAUUAAUUGUAGUGAAUUCUUGUUUAGGUAUUUGAGGAAUAUUUAUUUAUUUUACCUCGGUUACACCGAGUCUUAGCUCUUACAAUGGCACAAGAUGGAAAUGAGCAAAUCAUGAAGCACUUUUAAAUAUAAUGUAACCCUUGUGCCAUUUGUGUUUUGCACAGAAACACAUCAGAAAACAUCUGGCUUCAGUGUAAUUAUGCAUAUUAGAAAGAAAACGUGUCCAAAUGGUACCAUUUUGCAUUUCAGAGACUGAUGUUGUUUGUGAUUCUGUGUUCUCCGACAGCUCGGUGUCCAAAGGCGCACACGACUGACUCGACCCCGUGAGUGUUUCUGAGCCUCGGCAUGGCUAAUCUUACGACAUUCAAAUUGGUUUUUGCACACUUGAAUUUUGAACAGCUAAUUCGCUCCAUAUUUGCUCUCAUACAUUCAACACAACAAUUAAACUUUGUUGCACAUUUACAUUUAUAAGUAGAAUUGUCUUUCAGAGAAAAAGGAAUAUCGUGAAGAAAGUCGAUAUAAAGAAACGCAACUCCUCGUACCUUCCAUUUUCGGUGCUCCCUGCCAUAAAGAUGAAAUUGGUGGCCAAGAAGAGAGGCUCAUAUGUAUAAUUUUUUAACAAAUGUGAAUUGUACAAAUAGUUCAAACUAUUUUCAUCAUUUCUUCUGUACUGUACCAUACAAUACGAUAGAUACAGUAGGAAAUCUCCAAUUUCUUUACAACAGCUGUGUUAUCCAGUUACAGUAUAUGUAUUCAAAAUCGUAUCAAGCAGCUUAAGGAAACCGUCACCAUGGCUGCCUUUGUGUUUGCAACAAACAAUAUGGAAGACUUUGUUAAAGGUGACAAAUUUCAAAAUGCAAGAGUAGUUAGCAUUCAUGACACUUUGUUAUAACAAAUCAAUGUUCUUUAAAGUUUUUCUACUAAUUGCAUUUGCUUAAAGAUGUUUUGAUUUUAUUUUAUUUUUUUUUUUCUGGAAUACGUGAGGUCCUAGUGUUACCUUUGUUAACAUGUCUUUCAAACAUGAUGAUUUACAACUGAAAAAUUAGUAUUCUUUUUUGAUUAAAAACAUUGCAAGUCUCUAAUAA